AACAUGACUUGGCCAUGGCUCAAGUUGUAGUAAAUAAUAUUGAACGUUACUACAGUAAUGAUGAUUUUAAAGCAAUAGUAUUUAAAGAAGCCAUACGAGCGUUAACAGCUUUAAAAAACUUUAAUGGGUUGAAAUUG